AAAAGGGACCGUGAAGCGUCUAAAUAAGACCUUCGAGGGGGUGGUGAGUGAGGAUGAGGAGGGGUGGGAACAAGGUUGUUAUCAAGAGAGACCAAGGCCUCAGACGGGCAUGUCCUUAUCGCUACUUUUUUCUCUUCUUUUUCUUCGGAUGCCACUGGGGGGAAAAUUUCAAGCGGAGAAUAUCGGACAAUCCCGAAAUAGUCACCAUGUGGGGCGGUGGGGGGGUACAUGGAGGAGCAGCAAGUCACGCCCUGAUGUUACAGUGUCAAAGUCUCUCGGAGGUGAGCAGUGCCUUGGAAUGCAAUGGCCUGUGGUCAAGAUCUCACAAGCGCAUGCAUGCAGACCCGCAUAGUCCCUCUCAGUGAGCCGACGCACUGACUGAAGAUCACUAGUCGC